AUGGCAGAAGAGGGGGCUAUCCUCAAAGUCACCAGGGACCUGAAAACUGCCAUCUCUGCCAUCUUCCAGGGCUAUGGCGAUGGGCAAGGGCCGGUGACAGAUGCCAGUGCCGAGCUGCACAGAUUCUGCAGCUGCCUGGAGCUGCUGCUGCAGUUUGACCAGAAAGAGCAGAAGAGCUUCCUGGGGCCUCAGAAGGAUUACUGGGACUUCCUCUGCACUGCCCUGCGGCAACAGCAGCGGGGUGACACAGAGCUGACCUGCUUCAUCCGCUCACAGGACAAGUUGAAGACGCCCUUGGGAAAAGGCCGUGCCUUCAUCCGCUUCUGCCUGGUCCACAGACAGCUGGCUGAGUCCCUGCAGCUCUGCCUCCUGAACCCACAGCUCACCAGGGAAUGGUAUGGCCCCCGGAGCCCGCUGUUGUGUCCUGACCUCCGAGAAGACAUUCUGGACUCUCUCUACACUCUCAAUGGGGUGGCCUUUGACUUGGACCUGCAGCAGCCAGAUCUGGAUGGGGCCUGGCCCAUGUUCUCAGAAUCACGCUGUUCCAACUCCAGCCAGACCCAGGGCAGAAGACCUAGAAAGACCAAAGGUUCCCCAAAGAAGAUAUCAGCAGCAUUUGGAGGCUCCAAGGGAGUCCAGCUGCAGGAGCCACACACCCGUCAAGCCGGCUGUCUUCAAGAGGAACCCAGGGAAGUUUGGAUGGCUGGACUCUCUGGGUCCCAGGAACACAAACAUCUUCCCCACAUUUUGGGAAAGAGGAGAGAAGAUUCCAGGAGCUGCGGGUCCCUCCAGAGCAUGUGGGAAGCAAAGGGGGAGGGGCUUCAGCUAGACCAGGAGGAGGAAGCCCCAAGGACAGGGAUCCUCCUGCAGAGUUCAUCACCCAGCAGUCAGAGACACAGGGAGGGGGACAAGAGUUCCCAGAAGGAGGCGAUAGGGACGGAGGCCGAGGGUACAGGGCCUCUGCCAGGUGCAGAGGUGCAGAGAAUAACAGAGGGCACUCAGGAAGGGGAGGCAGGGGGGGGCCAUGUCCAGAGGCUGCUAGCCCCCAGCCCCAGAGGGACGACAGAGAAAGCACCAUCAGGGAGCAGGCAGGAGUGGGGGGUGUCCAGCAUUCUGGGGGAGGCCUGGGUCCUUCGGGGCCUGGGAACAAAGGAAGGCUCCACCACAGAGAAGCCACAAGAGCAAACUGGAGUGACCAGUGAGGCCAGGAAGGAGGAGCAAGCAGAGGUGCCCUUGCAGGACGUGGUCAAGGGCCUCAGACUUGGGCUCCAGAAGGCCGAGGAGCGGGCCCAGCGCCAGGAGCAGCUGCUGAAGGAGCAGGAGGGGCAGCUGCAGGUGCUUCAGGAGCAGCUCAGCAGGUAUCAGGAAGAGAGAGCCCGGCUGCAGGCAGAGCUGGAGCAGAAGCAACAGGAGGCUGAGAGGAGGGACGCCAUGUAUGAGGAGGAGCUUGGAGGGCAGCAGGCCCUGGUCCAGGCCAUGAAGAGGCGGGUGCUGGAACUGAUUCAAGAGAAGGACCACCUGUGGCAGAAGCUCCAGCAUCUCUCUUGCACGGUCCCUGGGUGCUGUGUCGGCUGUCACAAGAUCUUUGGCCGACUGUCUCGGAGGUAUCCGUGCAGGCUCUGCGGGGGCCUGGUGUGCCACGCCUGCUCUGCGGAUUACAAGAAGAGAGAGCGCUGCUGCCCACCCUGUGCCCAGGGCGAAGCCCAAGUCACCUGA